CAAAUCCCAACUUACUCUAUUAUUAUUCUCUCUGUAUCAGAUACCAAUGGAUGCCAAGCUUGUAACACAGCACAGGAGCCAUGUCUGGGCUGGGAAAAGAGGCAUGCACAAGCCCAGAAGCUCUCCUCCUAUCCUAGCAGUCUUGGCAAGGCCUGCAGACAACUUGACCUUGGUGAAGGAGACCCCAAGUCUUCUUACUGAUAACUGGUUUGAUAGGAUUGCCAUUAACCAUCUUUCCCAGAGUGUUCAAGCUACAACAGGUUUGAGAAACAGCAAGAGUGGAUAUGAGAGCUUGGUGGAGGCAGCUGCCAUGGUGUCAAGGAACUUUGAUCCUAUACAGCAAUGUGAACUUGUCAUCGAGGCUCUUAACAAAGCCUUUCCCAGCCCUAUACUCUCCUUGUGUUCUGAUGAACAAGAGCAGAUCAGAACAUUGAUGCCACAGUCCAAAUUCACGAGGGAAUAUUUUGCUGCCUUCACUACCUUGUUCUUUGCCUGGCUUGUUGGACCCUGCAAGGUGAUCGAAUCUGAAAUCAAUGGAAGAAGAGAGAAGAAUGUAGUCCACAUAAAGAAAUGCAGGUUCUUGGAGGAGUCAAAUUGUGUGGGAAUGUGUCUCAACCUCUGUAAGAAUCCAUCUCAGAAGUUCAUCAAGGACUCCCUUGGCAUGCCAGUCAACAUGGUCCCUAAUUUUGAUGAUAUGAGUUGCCAGAUGAUAUUUGGUCAAGAUCCUCCAGGGGAUGAUCCAGUACUGAGGCAACCUUGCUACAAACUAUGCAAAGCAAAGAAAAAUCACUCUGUGAAUUGCUCCAUCUGAUGAAGAAAAAUGUGGAAGGAGGGUCUAGACAUGAUACCAGAGCUAACCCAUAUAGUAGAUUAUACUUGAUCAGGCAUUGGAAGGCUGAAUGGGAGUUCAAUAUUCUGCAUAAUCUUAAUUGUGAAAUGAUAGGUUUUGAGAUUGUAGUGUCCUUUUCUUUUGACUCUGUAAUUUUCUUGGAUGGUCUUUAAAUUCUUUUGAGAAUCAGUUAUUGUAUAAACUAUGAGGUAAAGGAAAAGGAAAGGAAAUAAG